UAUUGAUCAAAGAUGGCGUCGUCAGUUUUCCUGCUUUUUGUCCUCGCUGUCGUAGUAUCUAUAUCUGAAGCAACGUCCUCGAAAAAACCCGUCCCAUAUGUUGUCACAGAAGAGGUGUAUUUUGACGUGUACAUAAAAGACUUUGAGGACGGGGAAGACUACCAUGGACGAUUUGUCGUCGGCGUAUUCGGUGAUGUUGCACCGAUAACAUCGCUCAACUUCAUCAGCCUUGCUAAAGGAUACAAACCUCCCAAUAAACGUAAAACCCUCCACUACAAGAAUACAGUCAUCCACAGAAUUGUUCCAGACUUCGUCAUACAGAUGGGUGACGUCAUCAAUGGGGAUGGCAGUGGCGGCGAGAGUAUUUAUGGUUCUACAUUUGCGGACGAAAACUUUGAUCUUAGUCAUCAAGCGACUGGUUUUGUUUCAAUGGCCAACACUGGACUAGAUUCAAACGGCUCUCAGUUCUUCAUUAUCCUCAAUAAGGCCAGGUGGCUGGACGGCAAACAUGUUGUCUUCGGCAAGGUCAUCGAGGGCAUGGAUGUUGUAAGAACUAUUUCAAAUGUUGAGUUAAGAAAGGGAACCGCCACGUCAAAGAAAGAAGUCUUGAUCAAAGAUAGUGGAGUAAACGAAAUUGAUGAAAAAUACGAGUUGACACCAGAACAAAUAAAGUCUAACGAAGACAUUAGAAGCUGAAUUACUGCACAUCUUGUCACAUAUUUACUGUUAAUUUCUUAUUAGCCAGUACGUAUUUUAUUCUUAAAUGUAGAUUCAGCGAACAAUGCGAGAACGAAAUAAUGUAUGAAGUCGCUUGCAGACAUGUCAAGGUGGAGUUGUAUGAGCGUCAGUUUUUUCAUGCGUGUUGUGCCAUCUUUGCUAAUGUCUUUUCUAGUUUAAA